CACCGGCUGGGGGGACGCGCGAGCCGGCGCGAGGGGAGCGCGAGCCGCAGUGAGUGUCCUCGCGCCGCCCGCCCGGCAGCCCGGCCGGCGCGCGCACGCCGCGAGCCGCUGGCGCUCGGGCUCUGCUCGAAUCCCAUGCAACAGCCAGGAUGUGAAGCGGGGCAGAGCCGGGGGAGCCCAGCCCAGCCAGCCUCCAGACGCUGCCCCGACUGACGCUUGGCUUGAGGCCUCUCUGUGAGGGACCGUGGGGGGGGGCCAUCCCCCCUCCAGGGCCGGAGGUUGGAGGUUGCAGGUCACGGCCGAGCAUGGCGCCUGCCUGGGGCCAUGGUGUGGCAUCUGUGGUUGGUCCCAUGGGCCUCCUCGUGGUCCUGCUGGUCGGAGGCUGUGCCACAGAAGAACCCCCCAGGUUCAUCAAAGAACCCAAGGACCAGAUUGGCGUGUCAGGGGGCGUGGCCUCCUUUGUGUGUCAGGCCACGGGCGAUCCCAAGCCACGCGUGACCUGGAACAAGAAGGGCAAGAAGGUCAAUUCGCAGCGCUUUGAGACGAUUGAGUUUGAUGGGAGUGCAGGGGCCGUGCUGAGGAUCCAGCCACUCCGGACACCCCGGGAUGAGAACGUGUACGAGUGUGUGGCCCAGAACUCAGUCGGGGAGAUCACCGUCCAUGCCAAGCUCACUGUCCUCCGAGAGGACCAGCUGCCCCCUGGUUUCCCCAACAUCGACAUGGGCCCCCAGCUGAAGGUGGUAGAGCGGACUCGGACAGCUACCAUGCUCUGUGCUGCGAGUGGCAACCCUGACCCCGAGAUCACCUGGUUCAAGGACUUCUUGCCCGUGGACCCCAGUGCCAGCAACGGGCGCAUCAAGCAGCUGCGAUCAGGAGCCCUGCAGAUUGAGAGCAGCGAGGAGACCGACCAGGGCAAAUACGAGUGUGUGGCGACCAACAGCGCUGGCGUGCGCUACUCCUCACCCGCCAAUCUCUACGUGCGAGCUCUCCCCAAAGCCCCCGGGACCCCUGUGGUGACAGAGAACACAGCCACCAGCAUCACCAUCACGUGGGACUCUGGCAACCCAGACCCCGUGUCCUACUACGUCAUCGAAUAUAAGUCCAAGAGCCAGGACGGGCCAUACCAGAUCAAAGAGGACAUCACCACGACGCGUUACAGCAUCGGCGGCCUGAGCCCCAACUCGGAGUAUGAGAUCUGGGUGUCAGCCGUCAACUCCAUCGGCCAGGGUCCGCCCAGCGAGUCGGUGGUCACCCGCACUGGCGAGCAGGCCCCUGCCAGCGCGCCCCGAAACGUGCAGGCCCGGAUGCUCAGCGCCACCACCAUGAUCAUUCAGUGGGAGGAACCCGUGGAACCCAACGGCCUGAUCCGGGGCUACCGGGUCUACUACACCAUGGAGCCCGAGCACCCCGUGGGCAACUGGCAGAAGCACAACGUGGACGACAGCCUGCUGACCACCGUGGGCAGCCUGCUGGAGGAUGAGACGUACACCGUGCGCGUGCUGGCCUUCACCUCCGUAGGCGAUGGGCCCCUCUCGGACCCCAUCCAGGUCAAGACACAGCAGGGAGUGCCUGGCCAGCCCAUGAACUUCCGGGCCGAAGCCAAGUCGGAGACGAGCAUCGGGCUCUCAUGGAGCCCCCCGCGGCAGGAGAGUAUCAUCAAAUAUGAGCUCCUCUUUCGGGAAGGCGACCACGGCAGAGAGGUCGGGAGGACCUUCGACCCGGCCACGGCCUUCGUGGUGGACGAUCUCAAGCCCAACACCGAAUAUGCCUUCCGCCUGGCGGCGCGCUCCCCGCAAGGCCUGGGCGCCUUCACCUCGGUGGUGCGGCAGCGCACGCUGCAGUCCAAACCGUCAGCCCCCCCUCAAGACGUUAAAUGUGUCAGCACGCGCUCCACGGCCAUUUUGGUAAGUUGGCGCCCGCCGCCGCCGGACACGCACAACGGGGCCCUGGUGAGCUAUAGCGUCCGCUACCGACCGCUGGGCUCAGAGGACCCGCAACCCAAGGAGGUGAACGGCAUCCCCCCGACCACCACCCAGAUCCUGCUGGAGGCCUUGGACAAGUGGACGGAGUACCGCAUCACGGCCAUCGCUCACACAGAGGUGGGACCAGGGCCCGAGAGCUCGCCCGUGGUCAUCCGCACCGACGAGGACGUGCCCAGCGCGCCGCCGCGGAAGGUGGAGGCGGAGGCGCUCAACGCCACGGCUAUUCGCGUGCUGUGGCGCUCACCCGCGCCCGGCCGGCAGCACGGCCAGAUCCGGGGCUACCAGGUCCACUACGUGCGCAUGGAGGGCGCUGAGGCCCGAGGGCCGCCGCGCAUCAAGGACGUCAUGCUGGCCGAUGCCCAGGAGAUGAUCAUCACAAACCUGCAGCCUGAGACCGCCUAUUCCAUCACGGUAGCCGCCUACACCAUGAAAGGAGAUGGCGCUCGCAGUAAACCCAAGGUGGUAGUGACCAAGGGAGCAGUGCUGGGCCGCCCCACCCUGUCGGUGCAGCAGACCACCGAGGGCAGCCUGCUGGCACGCUGGGAGCCCCCGGCCGGCACCGCCGAGGACCAGGUGCUGGGCUAUCGCCUGCAGUUCGGCCGCGAGGACUCGUCGCCCCUGGCCACACUGGAGUUCCCGCCCACCGAGGACCACUACACUGCGUCGGGCGUGCACAAGGGCGCCACGUACGUGUUCCGGCUGGCGGUCCGGAGCCGAGGCGGCCUGGGCGAGGAGGUGGCCGAGGUCCUGAGCAUCCCCGAGGAUACGCCCCACGGCCACCCACAGAUCCUCGAGGCGGCCGGCAACGCCUCCGCCGGCACAGUCCUGCUCCGCUGGCUGCCGCCAGUGCCCGCCGAGCGCAACGGGGCCAUUGUCAAGUAUACGGUGGCCGUGCGGGAGGCCGGCACCCUGGGCCCCGCCCGAGAGACCGAGCUGCCCGCGGCAGCCGAGCCGGGCGCCGAGAACGUGCUCACGCUGCAGGGCCUCAAGCCCGACACGGCCUAUGACCUCCAAGUGCGGGCCCACACGCGCCGCGGCCCCGGCCCUUACAGCCCCCCCGUCCGCUACCGGACGUUCCUGCGGGACCAAGUCUCGCCCAAGAACUUCAAGGUGAAGAUGAUCAUGAAGACGGCGGUCUUGCUCAGCUGGGAGUUCCCCGACAACUACCACUCACCCACGCCCUACAAGAUCCAGUACAAUGGGCUCACGCUGGACGUGGAUGGCCGCACCACCAAGAAGCUCAUCACGCAUCUCAAGCCCAACACCUUUUACAACUUCGUGCUGACCAACCGCGGCAGCAGCCUGGGUGGCCUCCAGCAGACAGUCACUGCCUGGACCGCCUUCAACCUGCUCAGCUCUAAGCCCAGCGUGACCCCCAAGCCCGACUCCGAUGGCUACAUCGUGGUGUAUCUGCCCGACGGCCAGAGCCCUGUGCCCGUCCAGAACUACUUCAUUGUGAUGGUGCCACUGCGCAAAUCUCGUGGUGGCCAGUUCCUGACCCCGCUGGGCAGCCCAGAGGAAAUGGACCUGGAGGAGCUGAUCCAGGAUAUCGCACGGCUGCAGAGGCGCAGCCUGCGGCACUCACGCCAGCUGGAGGUGCCCCGGCCCUACAUCGCGGCUCGCUUCUCAGUGCUGCCACCCACCUUCCAUCCCGGCGACCAGAAGCAGUACGGUGGCUUUGACAACAGGGGCUUGGAGCCUGGCCACCGAUACGUUCUCUUUGUGCUUGCUGUGCUGCAGAAGAGCGAACCCACAUUUGCGGCAAGCCCCUUUUCAGACCCCUUCCAGCUGGAUAACCCAGACCCGCAGCCCAUUGUGGACGGCGAGGAGGGGCUCAUCUGGGUGAUCGGGCCCGUGCUGGCUGUGGUUUUCAUCAUCUGCAUCGUUAUUGCCAUCUUGCUCUACAAGAAUAAGCCUGACAGUAAACGCAAGGACUCAGAGCCCCGCACCAAAUGCCUACUGAACAACGCCGACCUCGCCCCCCACCACCCCAAGGACCCCGUGGAAAUGAGACGCAUUAACUUCCAGACGCCAGAUUCAGGCCUCAGCAGCCCCCUCAGGGAGCCGGGGUUUCACUUUGAAAGCAUGCUCAGUCACCCGCCCAUCCCCAUCGCGGACAUGGCGGAGCACACAGAACGCCUCAAGGCCAACGAUAGCCUCAAGCUCUCCCAGGAGUACGAGUCCAUCGAUCCGGGCCAGCAGUUCACGUGGGAGCACUCCAACCUGGAAGUGAACAAACCCAAAAACCGCUAUGCCAACGUCAUCGCCUACGACCACUCUCGUGUCAUCCUCCAGCCCAUCGAAGGCAUCGUGGGCAGCGAUUAUAUCAACGCCAACUACGUGGAUGGCUAUCGGCGGCAGAAUGCGUACAUUGCCACCCAGGGGCCGCUGCCCGAGACCUUCGGUGACUUCUGGCGUAUGGUGUGGGAGCAGCGGUCCGCUACCAUCGUUAUGAUGACACGGCUAGAGGAGAAAUCACGGAUCAAAUGUGAUCAGUACUGGCCCAACAGGGGCACGGAGACCUACGGCUUCAUCCAGGUCACCCUGCUGGACACCAUCGAGCUGGCCACGUUCUGCGUGCGGACGUUCUCCCUGCACAAGAACGGCUCCAGCGAGAAACGGGAGGUCCGGCAGUUCCAGUUCACGGCGUGGCCGGACCACGGGGUGCCCGAGUACCCGACGCCAUUCCUGGCUUUCCUGCGGAGAGUCAAGACCUGCAACCCGCCGGACGCGGGCCCCAUCGUGGUCCACUGCAGCGCUGGCGUGGGCCGCACGGGCUGCUUCAUUGUCAUCGACGCCAUGCUUGAGCGGAUCAAGCCGGAGAAGACGGUGGACGUGUACGGCCACGUGACGCUCAUGCGGUCCCAGCGCAACUACAUGGUACAGACCGAGGACCAGUACAGCUUCAUCCACGAGGCCCUGCUGGAGGCCGUGGGCUGCGGCAACACGGAGGUGCCUGCCCGCAGCCUCUACGCCUACAUCCAGAAGCUGACCCAGGUGGAGCCCGGCGAGCACGUCACCGGCAUGGAACUCGAGUUCAAGCGGCUGGCCAACUCCAAAGCCCACACAUCCCGCUUCAUCAGUGCCAAUCUGCCUUGUAACAAGUUCAAGAACCGCCUGGUCAACAUCAUGCCCUACGAGAGCACACGGGUCUGUCUUCAGCCCAUCCGGGGUGUGGAGGGCUCCGACUACAUUAACGCCAGCUUCAUUGAUGGCUACAGGCAGCAGAAGGCCUACAUCGCCACGCAGGGGCCACUGGCGGAAACCACGGAGGACUUCUGGCGCAUGCUCUGGGAGAACAACUCAACCAUCGUGGUGAUGCUGACCAAGCUGCGGGAGAUGGGCCGGGAGAAAUGUCACCAGUACUGGCCGGCCGAGCGCUCCGCCCGCUACCAGUACUUCGUGGUGGAUCCGAUGGCGGAAUACAACAUGCCUCAGUACAUUCUGCGGGAGUUCAAGGUCACAGACGCCAGGGAUGGACAGUCCCGGACUGUCCGGCAGUUCCAGUUCACGGACUGGCCGGAACAGGGCGUGCCCAAGUCGGGGGAGGGCUUCAUCGACUUCAUCGGCCAAGUGCACAAGACCAAGGAACAGUUCGGCCAGGACGGCCCCAUCUCUGUCCACUGCAGCGCCGGCGUGGGCAGGACGGGCGUCUUCAUCACGCUCAGCAUCGUGCUGGAGCGGAUGCGGUACGAAGGCGUGGUGGACAUCUUCCAGACCGUGAAGAUGCUGCGGACCCAGAGGCCAGCCAUGGUGCAGAUGGAGGACGAGUACCAGUUCUGCUACCAGGCGGCUCUGGAGUACCUCGGGAGCUUUGACCACUAUGCAACCUAGAGCCUUGUCGGCCCGGCCCGACUCCACCGGCCCCGACGCUUCCCGUGCCGGGCGGGCCCCGAGGCCUGGACCCCGGCGGCCGGGGCAGGAAGCGGCGGCCGCGUUUCCGCAGGGUCUCCGGGAGCGACGCGGCCCCUCGAGCCCCAAACCCCCCGCGUGGCCCCAGCCACCCCCCUGGACCGGCCGCCGCCUUCGCUACUCGGCACAUUCCUCAUUUCCUUCCAGAACGAGAUUCCAAAACGAGAGAUUCCGG